AUGGCGACAGUGCCGCUCCACCGGAUACGGUUCUACGACCACAGCCCCUCCCCCAUCGCCGCCCUCGCCUUCCCCCCCCAGCCCCUCCCCGCCCCAGCCAACCCCGCGCAUGUCCCCGCCCAGUCGGCUCGGCAAUCCAAGGAACAGUUUGGCUCCCUCGUCUUGGCCAGGGAGAAUGGUGAGGUUGAGAUCUGGGAGUAUGUGAGGGAUGAGGAGAGGAGUAUGUCGAGUAACUGGGUCCUGCAAAAAACCCUUCCCCCGACUUUGACCCACCCCACCAUCUCCCAAAUCGCUCUCGUCCUCCGGUCUCCUUCUUCAUUCGACUCCAAACCAUACUCUGUUCCCCAAAUGCCCGACCUUCGUCUCUUUACAGCCGGAUCCGACUCUUCCGACUUGGUUGAGCGGUGUCUCGACUCCGGCCGCGUUCUGCAGACGUACCAGAUCCCCCAAGCGCCCCUCUGGAGUUUGGCAGUAGCCCCGACACAGGAUCUGCUUGUCAUGGCUACGACUUCGCCAAACCUGCACUUUUUGUCGAUACCCCCCGCGACCAUGUUUGACCCGUCCCCGGCUCUUGCGCCCCCGCCCUCGCACCUUCUCCGGUCUGACGCGCUUCCGUCCAGGACGAGGACGGUCUCGAUCGCCUUUGCGCCGCCGUCGCUGGUGAGAGUGGGGAGGGAGCAGGAUGAUGAGUGGGAGUGGAGGAAUACGGGGUUGGUCACUGGGAAUUCGGACAGUUCGUGGAGGAGGUGGGAGAUUCCCCCGCCGAAUGAUGGGUCGAGGAUUGGGCCGAGUCGGGUUCUUUUGAAGGGGCGGGCGGUGGUUGAGAAGCUGCAGAAGAGCGGGAGGGGAGGGAAAAAGGCUGUUGGCGGCGCUGGUGGGCAGAAAGCGACUAUCGUCUGGAAUGUUGGUGUUUUACCUGACAAUUCUGUCGUAACGACCGACUCUCUCGGCAGCAUCACCUUCUGGGACCCCAUCACCCUCGCCCAAAAACAAACCUUCCGCGCCCACAAAGCCGACAUUAUGGCGCUCACCAUCGGCCCCCGCGGCGAAUCCAUCUUUACCUCUGGCCCGGAUCAGCGGAUCUGUCAGUUUGUCUUGUCGGCGGAAGGGCAGUGGGUGAUGGUAGCGGGCAAGAAGGUGCAUGCGCAUGAUGUCAAGGCGCUCGCAAUCUUCCCGGCGUAUCUUCCUAUCGCCAACAAUCACCCUCUUGCGCCGGCGGCGAUCAACCCCGCCUACGCCCCCGUGCUCGUCUCGGGCGGUCUUGAUAUGACGCCUACCUUUACUUCUGCAGCUUCCCCUUCGAGCACUGUAUUGCGCUCUGCGUUGGGCAAGCCGAAACCGGGCAAGCAGGCGGUCACGUUUGAAGAAUCUUUCCCUCGGCGGAUGGGGUAUCUGGGUGGAGGACCGAUGGGCGGGUAUGUGGCGCUGAGUAAGGGGGGGCGGUUGGUCGUUGGGAGGAGGGAGAGGAGUGUGGGGAUUUGGAGAGUGCAGGAGGAUGAGAGUGGGUGGGAGAAGGUGUUGGAGAUGGAGUUGAGGCUGAGAACGAAUUUGAUCUCGUCUGCGAUUUCGGAGGAUGGAAAGUGGCUCGCCUUGUCAGAUCUGUACGAGACCAAGCUCUUCUUCCUCGCAUCUACUCCCUCUGGAACGCUCAAACCACAACGCAUGACCACCUUCAUCAACACCCUCUCCUCGUCUUCCCUCCUCACCCAUCUCGCCAUCCCAUCAAAAGGCUGCGGCGCUACAUCCCUCCUCUUCACCCCCGACUCUCAACGGUUCAUCCUCGGCCUCCGAUCAUCCGGCCAAGUGCUCGUCCUUGAGCUGCCGCAAGUAGACGUAGACGAUGCCGGUGUCAAGGAGAAGGAAGUGGGCGUCGUCAAGUGUUUCGAAAGGAAAGAGAGGGUUGUGGACGGGAGGGUCAUCAAGGGACGGGAAGAGAUAAAUGGGGUGGUUAAUAGACAUGUGGAUGGGGAUGUUUCGAUGAACGGGGAUGAGGAGGAAGAGGAAGAGGAGGAAGAGGAGGAGGAGGAAGUGGUUGUAAAGAAGGAGGAACUGCAGGCGUGGGUGUCGAGUUUGGCGGCGAGUGCGGAUGGGCAGUGGUUGGGUGUUGCGGAUUUGAAGGGACGGAUCAGUGUUUUCAGUCUCGACACUCUCCAGGCAAGUCUUUUCUAUCUUCUCUUGUAUGCUACCCUCCCCACCCUCCCCUUCCCUCCCACAUCCCUGUCAUUCCCCCCAUCCACUCCGUUACUCGCCAUCCUCACCCCCACCAACAACAUCUCAUUCUACCACCUGGAACACCGCCGCCUCCUCCCCCCCUCUCCCGAACUCGAAAGGUUCCUCGGCGCCUUUGAGAGUCUCCACACCCCCGCCCACGGUAUCAUCUGGACAUCCUCCACCUCUUCCGCUUCCGAAGGCAAGGACGGUAAAGCUGUCAAGGCCAUCGCGUGGGGCACGGAUUACCUCGCGACUAUCAAGCUCGAGGUGGAGAGUCUAGUAAGGAGGCGGAGGGUGUCAGAGUCGCCGUCGGUUUCUACGGCGGGCUCGGUGGGUAAGGCGAGUCGGAAGAAGCGCGCGAGGGAGGCGAGGCAGGCGAGGGAGCAUUUGUCGUCGCUUACGCCUUCGGGCUCUGCACCUUCGACGCCUGUGUCGGAGGAGGUGAAGCAUCUCGGGGGCGAGGGGAGGGAGGAUUAUUACAAUAUAGUAACGGAUAGAUUCAGGUCGAUCCUUGGGGUCGGGUGGUUGGGAGAGGAAGGGGAGGUGGGGGUGGUGGAGAGGCCGUGGGGCGAUUUCGUUGGUGAUCUGCCGGGCGUGUUUUGGAGUGCUGGGUAUGGGAGAAGCUGA